AUGCUAGAGCUGAGCAAGAUGCAGGGCCAUGCGGCACGGAGCUGGGCUCCUCUGGGCCUGCUCCUGGUCUGUCUUCAUCUCCCAGGCCUCUUUGCUCGGAGCAUCGGUGUAAUGGAGGAGAAAAUUCCCCAAAACUUGAGAACCAACUUGCCUCUGCUUGGACAACCUCACUUGGCCAGCCUUCCCAACUCUGAACAUCCUCAGUCCAGACCAGACCCUGGGUCCAAUGAUUUAGCAAGGGCUCCUCUGAAGACCAACGCUUCUCCCUUAGGCAGCUUCCAACCUGCAGGACGUUCUGAGGUUCAGAGGUGGCCUCCAUCUGAGGAGCUGCCCUCCAUGGAUUCCUGGCCCUCUGAGGAUCCUUGGCCAAUGAUGGCUGCUACAGUCGAGGACCUUGGGGGAGAAGUUCUGCCUGAAGAACUGUCUUUCCUUUCUAAUGCUGUUGCCCUCCCUCUGGACAGUGGUCCUUUGCUUGCAGGGUCCUCUGCACACUCUGUAGACCCCUCACUUGAGGCCUCACUCCUCCACCAGGACUCUGAGUCUAGACCAUUACCCCGUUCUAAUGUUCUGGGAAGCCAGGGACAAAUCCUUGCCCAACGCCCGCCCUGGUCUCUCAUCAACAGGAUUCGAAAGCCACUUCUGCCUGGUCGCCCCUGGGGGAUCCUGAAUCCCAGUGUGUCCUGGGGAGGUGGAGGUCGUGGAACUGGGUGGGGAAUAAGGCCCAUGCCAUGCCCUAUGAGAAUCUUGGGCAGUAAUAUAUGCCCAAUUACUAGCUGGGGGAAUAUUAAUCGCUAUCCAGAAGGCAUCUGGGGGAAUAUUAAUCGGUAUCCAGGAGGCAUCUGGGGGAAUAUUAAUCGGUAUCCAGCAGGCAGCUGGGGGAAUAUUAAUCGAUAUCCAGGAGGCAGCUGGGGGAAUAUUAAUCGGUAUCCAGGAGGCAGCUGGGGGAAUAUUAAUCUACAGCCAGGUAUUAUUAAUAGAUUUCCUCCCGGAGUUCUCGGUUCUUCUUGGAACAUCCAAGCUGGCUUCCCUCAAAAUUCUGGGUCAUAG